CGUUUCUAUCUGACCUACAUUCCGAAACAGAAAACAAGGUCGAGUCGAGGUGAGGUGGAAGUUAGGUGGAAGUGAGGUGAAAGUGAAGUGAAAGUGAAGAGGUGCUGCGUACCAUAUGUUCGGUACUGGUGGUUGACGCCUACUCGUACCUUGGUCUUGGCAUUAGCCGAGGCUCAUCCGACUUUUUCUUUUCCCCUUCAACCCAGGCUUUUCAAGGCCUCGAGGCUUCAAUAAUUCAAGGCCACCACUGCCAGGCUCCAAAACCCCAGACGAGCCAAUCUCUUGUCGCCCCUUCACUACCCAAUUUGUGUCUAUGAAAAAAAAAAAUCAAGAGGGGGAUCCUAGCUACCACGACAAGGCAAAACCUCAAACCACAACCCUCGCCCACUCUCCGGAAAAGCAAAGGCAUCAUCUCACAGUCCACAUUGUGGUCUCUUCCCCUUCACCGCUAAUUUCCCUCUUGCGCGAAGUGGCUGGCCUUGGCCGGUUCUUCUUCCCUAUCUGGAGCCCGAAUCCGUUCAUCGUCUGAGCUGCGGCGGUUUCCUGAGAGCCGAUAUGGACAUCCCAACUAUGCCCAGCAAGGUCCCAGGCUACAACUUGUACAUUGAUGGAUUUCACGCCUUGCGUCGUCCGAAAAUCCUCCAGGGCUCCAACAUUACUCAUGUGGUUUCGGUGUUGGACUGGAAGUUUCAAAAAGACUGGGCCUCGCUUCGCGGUUUCCAACACCUGCACAUCCCUCUGGAUGAUGUCUACGACUCGAACAUUCUGUCCUAUUUCCCUCGGAGCAAUGCCUUCAUUCACGAAGGUCUAAAGUACUCAAGGUCCAAUCAGUUGGAAACCUCUGGCACCUCCCUCAAAGAUGGCUCCAUCGACCCGAUCCCGGGCGGGGUUCUUGUGCACUGUGCAAUGGGCGUCUCCCGCUCCGCGACAGUCGUUCUAGCCUACCUACUCUGGCACUCUCGCCAACCAGCCAACAUCGUCAACCCUCAGUCCCAAACCACCUCCACAACCCAAGCCCCCGCCACGUCUUCAUCGUCAUCACUCUCACCCGCCCCGGAGAUGGUGUCCCUACCACCCACGCCGCUUACGGUCGACUCGGCCCUUGCGCUGGUCCGCGAAGGCCGUCCUCAGGUCGAACCCAAUUCUGGGUUUAUCAAGCAACUCCGCAUGUACGAGGCCAUGGGCUGCCCGACCACGCAGGAGCAACUGGAGAGCCACAAGAUCUACCGACGGUGGAUGAACUCGCGGAACGUGCUGGACGCGCUGAGCGAAAACCGGGCGCCGGAGAUGGACCACAUCAGUUUUCGGGACGAGGAAGACGACGAGAACAGCCAGGAAGACGGUGCCCAAAGGGCGGGAGACGCUGGGACCAGCGGUGGCGCGAAUGAUCCUCUCAGCGACCGGGUGCAGAGUCUCACCUUGCUGGACCCGGACAGCGACGAGCCGACCGAGAUCCUGAACCCGGACAUCACGCUGUCGUCCCCUUCGCCGGCGCCCCCCCUGCCCGCCAACGUGGAAAUCAAGUGCCGCAAAUGCAGGCGCCUGCUCGCCAAAUCAAGCUUCAUCCUGCCUCACAAGCCGCCUCCGCACCGCGACCCCUCAGCGGCGGUUGGGGCUGACCCCUGCGCGCACAUCUUCCUCCACCCUCUGUCCUGGAUGAGGCCCGUCCUGUCCCAGGGACAGCUGGACGGCCGACUGACGUGCCCGACCCAGUGGUGCGGGGCGAACAUCGGCAAGUUUGCGUGGCAGGGCCUGCGCUGCAGUUGUGGAGGGUGGGUGACGCCCGGGUUCGGAUUGGCCAAGGGCAAAGUGGACGAGGUGCGCGUUCGUGUGGGAAGCUCAUCAACAAGGGCAACAGGGCCAGUACAAGGACCAGGACAUGGGGCUGUGGCUUCGCUCGGGUCUGGAAAUGGAGACGGUAAGAAAGCAGUCUUUGACAGCGCGGUGAGAUUCCCUCCUGGCAUGAGGAGGGCAGGGAAUGGGAACUUGUGACGAGCGGUCCCGGCCAGUUGACCAUGAUGUCGAUCAAGACCACAUUUGACUCACUGGGGAUAUCCGUGUCUGGGUUAUGUUUUGAAUCAGCGAACGGGCAACGGUUGAUACAAGCGUUAGAUUGGUCAAGGCAUUGGCCAAGGCCUGGUUUGGACGAUAAGGCUGAAAUCCACACUGCGUACGCCGUACAUGCUUACGCACGAAGCGGUUGAUGCGAUCCGGUCAUCCUACAACAAGUCAUGCUAUCUCCAGCGGAGAACGCCAUAGAAUAUACCGUGUUCGAACCCCAUCACCCUCCAAAGGGGUGGAUCCACGCGAGAACAAAAGCAGUAUCCCUCCCGCCAGACUUCAAUGCUUCGUGCAGCACUGGAAAACAGGAUGCCACCACCCCUGGCCUCUCUUUACCGACGACAGCUGCAAGCGACGCGGGAAAGAUACCGCUCAUGCCCGCACCAGGUUCAACCAUCCCACCUUUCCCGACGUUUUCUGGAUUUCAGACAACAUAUCCGUCGGGGACCAUGACUAACACUUGCCCAAUAUGUUGUUAUCCCUCUUCGAUCUGCAGUAAGAGCCACAACCCCCUCAUGAAGCGACUGGUGGAUCGGAUCCGACGCCUGGCAGAGGUCGAGGUCGCCUGGUGUUCACAGGGCUUCUGGAAGCAUGCCGCUGCUUAACGCCUAACAUUUCCGUUACCAACGGUCGCAGGGCGCGGUGAAGCGUUAGUUCAAGCACAGUGACGUUCUUG